AUGGUUACUUAUGAGACCGGGCAAUCCUAUGGAGAGAUACUCAUUGCAACACCAAACAAUGAUAUUAUAUUAUCAGCGUCGUUACAUGACGUAUCAAAAACAAGUAUUGAAGGUGGUGAUUUUGUAUAUUUCGAUCGUGACCGAAAUUUAUGGCGGUGCCGUUUUGCGCCACAAAAAGUUGGAAAUCAUACAAUUUUGAUAUUUGGUUGUAAGAAAGAUGAUUCAAAAAGAUCUACUUCGAAUUGUACUGUCGAAUUCACCUUUGAUAUUGAUCACCUUCCUGCAACACCCAUCUCAUAUCCUUUAACAUGGUCACAUUUUUUUGAUUAUCAGCUUGAAAUUAUUAAGCCAGUCAAUACUCGUUUUAUUGAUUGGCCACCAGACAAGAAUAGUCCCUACUGUGAAAUUCUUGUUCGUUCUCCUGAUGAUGUUUACGUCUCAGCAAAGAUCGCAGAUAGUGUUAGUAGUAAAACCAUAGAAAAUGGGGACUUAAUCAAUUUUAACAGUCAAGAAUCAUUGUGGCAAUGCCUCUUCGCUCCAUCGAUGAAUUAUUCAUCGUAUAAAUUAACAUUAUUUGCUAAACGUUUCAACGAAAAUCAAUCAAAUUGUGUCGCUCAAUUCGAUUUUAAACAACUUCCUAAGUCAACGCUUCAAAAUUAUAUGUCAUUUCCGCUUACCUAUACACCAUUUGGAGAAGCUAAAUGCCAUUUGUUUGAACCACUUGAUGGCAUAUUAAAGCGUGGAUCAAAAAUAAAAUUUCGCUGUCGAAUUCCUGGUGCCCAUGUGGUGAGUAUAACUGUCGAUGGACAAUGGCUAAAAGAUGAUCCAGCAUCUGGUAUGGACGAAAAUCAUCUGUUUCAACGUGAAAUUCAAUCAACUAUUCGUCAAACAAUGACUGAACUAAGAGAUAAUUAUGAAAAAGCUCAACGAAAAUUAGAAACAGCUGAUGCCAAUUUUAAAAAAAAAUGUUCAACACUGGUGGAAAUUCCUCAAUUUCAACAUUCAUCUCAUACACUUUUACAACAAAAUGGUCAAUUAUAUGGUUUAGAAAAAUUCUGGGUAUUUUUAAAAUAUUCUCGACAAAAACCAAAAAUCAAUCGAAAACUUGAAGAAAUUUUAAAAAACUAUAAAAAUCUUGAAGAUUUCCGUGUUGAUGGUGCAUCAUUUCCACAACAUUUUUUUCUAACAAAAUCAAAUUAUACAUUCGAAGCAAUUGCUGUUGCAGUAGCAAAAAACAGUGAUACAUCAAAUUCAUUAAAACCAAUGAAAAAAAACGGUGCUCAUGUUUUUUCAAGUGGAUUUCAAUUUAUUUAA